AUGGUAGGCACAGGUGGCCCUGUUGCCACCUUCUCUGUGUGGGACUAUGUGGUCUUUGCCGGUUCAAUUGCGGGCGCCGCCGGCGUCGGCCUCUAUCAGGCCUUCCGAGGACGCGAGCAGAAAAGUAGCGCCGAGUUCUUUUUGGGCGGGCGGCAGAUGACAGCGGUACCUGUGGCCAUGUCGCUCACGGCCAGCUUCAUGUCCGGGGUCACCAUGAUUGGCACGCCGGCAGAGGCUUACUUGUACGGAUCAUCCUUCUGGAUUUUUGGCAUCUCCUAUGUCAUUAUGUCUGCCAUCAGUGCUGAGAUCUUUGUGCCUCUCUUCUACCGGCUGGAGAUUACUAGCGCCUAUGAAUACCUGGAGAUGCGCUUCAAUCGGCUCAUUCGCAUAAUUGGGACAUUCAUGUACACCACGCAGACGGUGUUGUACACCGGCUUGGUCAUCUAUGCUCCGGCUCUAGCUUUGAAUCAGAUCACUGGAAUGGAUCUAUGGGGAGUGCUGGUAGCUACGGGGAUAGUGUGCAUUAUCUACUGCACUUUGGGAGGCCUGAAAGCGGUAAUCUGGACCGACGUGCUGCAGAUGGUGAUCAUGCUGGCGGGUUUUGUAGCCGUAAUAGCGAGAGGUGCCGUGCUUCAGGGCGGCCUGAGCAAGAUUUGGGAAGAUGCCGAAGAAGGGAGGCGACUUGAGGCAUUUGACUUUGACCCCGACCCACUGAAGCGUCACACAUUCUGGAGCAUCAUUCUAGGUGGAAGCGUGACAUGGAUGUCUAUAUAUUCCAUCAACCAGUCCCAAGUGCAGCGCUACAUAUCGUGCAAAACACUGUGCCAUGCCAAGACGGCUUUGUAUUUGAACAUGGUGGGCCUGUGCGUAACUCUGAGUCUGGCCAUGUUAUCUGGUCUCACCAUGUUCUCUAUUUACAAGAACUGCGAUCCUUUCAGUAAUGGUGACGUCCGUUCCACUGACCAGUUGCUUCCCUACCUCGUCAUGGACAUCUUGGCCACCUACCCUGGAAUCCCUGGUUUGUUUGUGGCUGCUGCAUACAGUGGGACACUCAGCACAGUGUCUUCCAGCAUCAAUGCCCUGGUUGCCGUCACUGUGGAAGACUUCAUUCGUCCCGUGUGCAAAAAUCUCACAAUGAAGCAAACGACUUGGAUGAACAUGGGCCUCAGUGUGGCCUUUGGUGCUCUGUGCAUUGGUAUGGCUGGAGUGGCCUCACAGUUGGGAAGUGUUCUGCAGGCAGCGCUCUCCAUAUUCGGCAUGCUGAGCGGGCCUCUCUUGGGGCUUUAUCUAUUAGGGAUGCUUUUCCGUACAGCCAACCCAAUUGGAGGCCUCGUGGGAAUGCUUUUCAGCCUGGUGUUGACAUUGUGGGUGGGGAUCGGAGGUCAGCUCUAUCCGCCGCCUUCAGCUAAGAGAAACCCUCUGCCGGUGACCACCGUGGGUUGUAAUAGCACACUACAGUACAACACGACCACUAUAGCUCCAUGGAGUACUCCGGUCACCCACGUCACGCAACCAAAUGUUAGGCCUCCAUUGGCAGACACGUGGUACUCGCUAUCCUACCUUUACAUCUCCUUCCUGGGUACAUUGAUGACCAUUUUGAUCGGUCUCUUGGUGAGUGUGAUCACAGGUGGCUGCAAGCAAGCAAAGUUGAGGUCCGAAUUAUUUGUGAGGAAAAACGACUUGGUGUGUUUCAGCAACAGUAGUAAAUCAAAGGCCUUAAAGACCGUAAAGUCUGCGUCAGACUUCAACAUGGAAGUGGACAAAUCACAAUUUGUACUCAGCGGCCCGACAAGAAGCUGUAUUCUUGAAGCAACCAAACUUUAA